AUGGAUCCACUUUCGGGUGCAGCAAGUGUUAUCGCAGUUAUCCAGUUAACUGGAGUUAUCUUACAAAUAUGUGGGAAGUAUCUCAAUAACGUCAAGAGCGCGAAGCAGGAUAUCCAGCGUUUCCAAGAGAAGGUCGCUGCCCUAUCCCAAGUCCUUCACUCUCUCGAUGAGCUGAUCCGUGGAUCUGAUGGUAACAAACUUACUGCUACGCAAGACCUGGUCGACAAUAUUGCCAAAUGCUCCUCAGCACUUACAAAUUUGAAAGAGAAAAUCAAUCCGGAAAAGACGCAAAAAAAGAUGAGGAAAUGGGGCCUUCGAGCCUUAAAAUGGCCACUGGCACGAUCAGAGGUAGAUUUUGCUAUCAUGGAGCUUGAGUCGUUCAAAACAAUGUUUGCUUUGUCCUUGCAGGUUGAUCAAACGAGAUUGACCAACUCGAUACACAAAAUGAUAGACCUUAGCAGAUUACAGAUUGCAAAACAAGCAGCAUUCGACUCCUACGGCAACCAACAUAGUGAAUGUCUUCCAGGGACCCGGAUUGACCUGCUUCGAGAAAUCGAAGAGUGGGCAACAUCGCCACACGGAAAAUGCAUAUUUUGGUUGAACGGUAUGGCUGGGACAGGGAAAUCAACUAUCUCCCAAACCGUUGCAAUCCGUCUUCAAGAGCAGCAGCUUCUCGGGGCCAGCUUCUUCUUUCGGAGAGGCGAAGAGGACAGAGGGACAGCAAAAAAGCUUUUUCCAACAUUGACUCAGCAAAUGGUCAAGCGAAUACCUCAAAUGAUGCCUCGAGUUCAAAAGGCAAUGGACAAUGACCCUAAUAUUUCGGAAAAGGUGUUGAGAGAACAAUUUGAAAAGCUUCUACUGGAUUCACUGUUUGAUAUUGAGCAGCGCGAAGAGGUCAUAAGAAAAGUGAUCGUGAUUGAUGCUCUCGAUGAAUGCGAUUCAGAAGAUGAUAUAGGGAUUAUUCUCCGGCUCUUGCCACAAGUUCGAAAGUCAACUUCCGUGCAAUUACGGUUUCUAUUGACAAGCAGACCUGAAUUGCCGAUCAGGCUGGGCUUCGAAGGGAUCACCGAUGCCCACCAGGAUUUGGUCCUCCAUGAGAUCGACAAGCCAGUGAUAGAGCAUGACAUAUCCUUGUAUUUUGAGGAUCAGUUCCUACGCCUAAAACAGAGGCGCUCAUUUCCACCAGACUGGCCCGGAGCUGCAGCCACCAAGAUAUUGGUUGAUAGGGCUGUCCCUUUGUUCAUUGCAGCUGCUACCAUAUGUCGUUUUAUCAGUGAUAUAAGAUGGAACCCUCGAAAGCGACUUGAGGCGAUAUUGACAGACCGAUCAACCUAUGUGUCUAAGAUGGACAGCACCUAUGUUCCUGUGCUGAGGCAACUCCUCACUGGCCAAAAUGAAACAGAGUCACGGAAAUUACUCGAAGAGUUCAAGGAGAUAGUCGGGGUGAUCAUUAUUCUUGCCACUCCGCUCUCGAUCAACUCCCUUAGCCGCCUAAUAGACAGAGACUCAGAUGAUGUCAAAUGUCGAUUAGACCAGCUCCACUCGGUUCUCGGUGUACCAAAAAAUCUCGACACACCAGUCAGGAUCCUCCAUAUCUCAUUCCGAGAUUUUCUCUUGGAUCACCGCGAAGGCGGAAGCGAAUUCUGGAUCAAUGGGAAUUACGCAAACCAGCGUCUUGCAGAACGAUGCUGUCAGAUCAUGCAGGACAGCCUCGAGAAAAACAUUUGCAAACUGCCAAGCGAAGGCAUACAAUGGAGUGAAAUUAGCGAUGAUUCGAUUCAGCACUAUAUGCCUCCCGAACUGAAAUACGCUUGUCGAUACUGGGUGCAUCAUCUGGUACAAUGCCCGGACUUGCCAAACAUAAUGCACAAUGUUUAUCUAUUUCUCCAGGUGCACUUUUUGCACUGGGUCGAAGCAAUGAGCCUACUGCGUCUUACGUCAGCUGUAUCCGGUAUUCUUGAUCUGCUCCAAACGGCUAUAUCGGUAAGUUCCGAUGAUAAUCAUAGAUGA